GAGUAUAAAUCAGUUAGCUAACUGACUCCAACGAUUCAUUAACACAGCGCGGACUUGUAAAGACUACCUACGUACUCUUAAGCUAAACAUGAAGCUUCUUGUUUUAUCCGUCCUAUUUGCGUUCUCCUUGAACUAUGGAACUACGUCAGAUUUACCAAAAGAAGUCUUACUUUUCAAAGAAGUUGGUUUAACCUCAAUGGUCCUUCURCCAACCGGGGUUACCAAGGGUUCAGGUCAUCACAGCAAAACCCCAGCAUUCACGUUCAAUCGUCAAGUUCAAAAACUCCUGGCUGGGAAGAAAGGCUUAAAUGACGCCAUUCGUAUUAUUGGCGAGAGUCACGAUUUUAUAGUCAGUGCGUAUAUCAAGGUUGACAAAGGCAGCGCGUUAAGCAAAAAUACAAUUGUGUCGAUAAACUCUCCAGAUGGGAAUACACUAUACUUCCUACUUGCCGUAUCGAGCGACUGGAAAACAUCUCAACUGAAAAUCGAGUUCUACUUUCAAUCAAAARGUGGUAUGCUGAAGAACCUCAUAUCAAAUACCCCGCGAAAAUCUGACAUAACAAUCUGGCAYAAGGUUUCAAUGCGCGUUCAAGACUCCGAGAAGCUGAUUCGAUUCUACGUUGAUGAUUCAAUGGUAGAUGUGAAGAAGUUUGACCAUCAGAUCAAAGCCAUUCCAUCMGACAGUCAGCUUCGUUUAGCUCAGGCYUACGAGAUCGGGAUGGAAGGAACACCAGAAAUUACUAACAGAUUUGAGGGUACUCUACAAGACGUCAAGAUAUCUCUAGGAUCUGGCAAUUGUAACGCACCAACAGCCUCGCCUCAACCGUGCGCAUGUCCAUCUGUCGGUGGCAGUGGUUGUGUCAUGGACGGCCGUGKAUACAGAGAUGGACAACAGUGGAACAGAGAUAAAUGUAACGUCUGUAAAUGCAAGGGUAAUCACGUGUACUGCAUUCACACAUGCGCAGUGUGCCGUGAAGGUAGUAAGAUUUAUUUCSAUGGUGAUACUUGGCAUCCUAGCAACGAUAGCUGUAUGAACUGCAAAUGUGAGUCUAGUAAAACAAAGUGUACUCGUCCAGUCUGCCCAAAGCCAUCAUGCAACAAGCCYGGCUAUUCAGGCAAGACUAUUAUACCUAAAGGACAAUGCUGUGCUAUUUGCAGAGAGGACCACUGCAAAGCAAGUAAUCAAGUUUAUAAAUCGUGUGGUUGCACAAAAACAUGCAAAAAUCAAUAUAGUUCAUCGCCAUGCGGAGGAAAAUGCACAGAAGGUUGCUUCUGCCCAAAGAACCAGRUCUUGAAAGACGGCAAAUGCAUCUCGCCUUCUCAUUGUGGUUGCUCAUACAACGGCAAGAUAUAUAAACCUGGACAAUUCGUGUCAUCAUCAUGCAAGUUCUGUAUGUGUGUUAUGGGAUACAUGCAUUGUACCAAGUUAUGCUGAAUACGAACUGAACAGUACUUGUAAAAUAACUAUCUGAACUAAACGUGCAGAAUUCUAUUAUAUAACCUGAUAUAUGUUUUAUCAAAUUACAUAUCCCAUGAUGCUCAGUAAUUAGGCUUUUCAAGUUGAGAGUUGAGUGAGCUCAAAAUAGACCAAUAUGUCGAUUGGACUGAUUGGUAAUAAUACUACCGCCAUCUUGAAUUUUUUUAAAACUAUAAAAUUUUAAAAUAAAGUAAGAAAUUAUUUCCAAGGGGCAAAAGCACAAAUCGUUAUAUAGAAUGGUGUCGAGAUUACUUACCCUAAAAAUUUCAAGCUUCAAAAUUUAAAUUAAUGCUUCAAGAGGGCUAUGUUUUUAGCCCUACAGUUUAUAAAAUUAACUGCUUCGUGCGCCACUGCUCAUCCCCUAGUUUUAUGCUGAAUUGAUACGUCGAAUUCAAGAUGGCGSCCGUUUUAGUAAAGACGUCUAUUUAGUCUUCAAACCACAUACGAAUACCAAGAUUUUAUAUAUAGUUUAAAACACGAGACCUUUGCUAGGGUCAUGGAAUUUUAUAUCUGAUAAAGGUCACUCUUUAUAUGAAGAAUACUAAUAAUGAUAGACUUGCCACAAAUCGACCACACUGUUGGGACACUGAUAAUUCGAGCGACGUAGUCGCGAGUAUAAGCGAACCAGGAAAAACGGACUUUGAGAAAGUCUAUUAUAAUAAUGAGUGUUUUAUCAGAUAUAAAGGUCCAUGCAUGUGACCAAAUAGGCUCAUUCUAUUGGCCUAAUAACUCAUYAAUUAUGUAUGAGUUUUUUAACAUAUUUAUAAACUUCAGCAUAGCUUUCUCGUAAUAUUAUUUGUUGAUAAUCGGAUCUUAUUUUUUAAUAAUAAGUAAUUAUAUGUAAAUACGAUUUUUUUAUGAAAAUAAAUGUCGACAAAACAGUA